GCCCCCACCACUUCCAGACGAAAAUUCUUUUGUCACUAUUUGGUAUUGGUAGCCAUAUUCGUACAAGGUGGAGCUCGAGCAGACAGAAGAAAGUUGGUGUGACAAGUAGUGAUACGGUGUUUACCUCGUCAUUAGUUGAUGUUUUAUGAAGGAAAUGCCUAGUUGUAACUGACGUAGUAAUGUUAAAGAAAUCUGGGAACAAAUGUCGCAAACCUGAGAUAUCUUUCCUUCUAUUCUAAACAAGAUUACCGUAAAUGUAAGUGUUGAUGGGCCACACAGUAAAUAACGCAGGCUUCGUACAAGGCUACGAUGCCAAGUGGACGUGCGUGAUCAGUGCGUGCUGGGCGAGGGGGGUGUAGCGAGAUGCCGCUCCCUCCCCCUCCACCGCCGGGGCCCCCGGGCCUGCCGCUCGGGCCUGUCCCCAGCUCCGACGGCGAUGGCAGGGGCAUGCUGCUGCAGUCCAUACGGCAGGGCAAGCCGCUCAAGAAGGUGUCCACCAACGACCGCAGUGCCCCUGCCGUGUCAGGCGGGGCGAGCAGUGCGCCCACGACGCUGGGCAAGAGCGCGUCGCCGUUCGGGACUGUGAGGGUCGCCGGGGGCGGAGGCGGCAGCAGCAACGGCCUGGGUGGGCUGUUCUCUGGCGGGAUGCCCAAGCUGAAGCCGACGGGCCGCGACAUCGGUGCCGUCGCUGCGCCUUGCUCCAGAGAGGAUUGGUCGUCGCACUCGAGGCCCGCGCAGAGUACAUCAUCAUCAUCACCUCUUCAAAACUCGAACAGGCGCCCAACAGCGGCAGACAUAAAGAACAGGGGCCCGCCUCCACAGCCGCCUCCCGCUGCUCAGAAGCCAACCAUGCCACUGAGUUCGUCAGAUUCCGUGCACGCUGGCAUGAGCAACAACAGUGGCAUGUCUAGUCGGCAGCCGCCCAGUUUACCGAGCAAGCCUCCGGCAGGAGGCUACGGGAAACCGAACCUCGCGCCUAAGCCCCCGAGCACUUUGUCGAAGCCGUCGCCACCGCCCAAGAAAGUGAUGAUGAACGGUGGCGUGGGCCGGCCCAUGGUGACCAGGGCUCAGAGCAUGCGAGUGCCUCGAUCGCCGCCUGUCGCCCCGUCGACGGAGCCACCCUUCCCUCCUUCGAGCAAGGAGUUCGGCAGCUACAGGGGGACGGGCCUGCCAUCUUUCCAUCAGUCCCAGGACUCCCUGCACCAUCAGCGCUCGCACCUGCACCCCAACCCCCCUCCGCCCCCUCGCACAGCCACCCUUCCUUCCAACCUGAACCAUCACGGCAUGAAGCAGCCCGCGCCGCCUCCCCCGCUGCUGAUGCGGCCGGGCAUCAGGCCGCCCGUCACUCGUCCCCCGCCCCCGCCCUCCCGGCUCGGGUCCAACAUCCUCCCGCCGGUGUGCCCGCCCCCUCCGCCGCCCACCACCGCUCCCCCUCCUCCCCCGUACCGCACAGCCCCCGCCUCUCACGUGCCGCCGCCACAGCCGCCGCAGACCAGGCUGGCCCCUGCCGUUCCGAGCUUGGCACCGCCUCCUCCGCCAGUACGCAACACUUCCAUUAGAAACGGCGUGUCUCCGGGAUCCACGGACAUUGAACAGCGCUUCGCUAGUAUGUUCCAUUUGGUGCACGAGUUCCCCCCACCUCAGCCCUUCCUCAGAGUCGCCAAGAUGUACAACAGCCAUAAUGUGAAACAGCAGGCACCCAUGGUUGCCAAGCAACAAGCCCCACAGCCUCCAAUGUUACAACUGAGUAACAAGAUGUGGGAAAAUGACUCCUCCAAUUGCUAGCAAAAAACAUUGGUUCGUGCGUGUUGGCCCAAUGUGAUUAUCGUUAAUCCUUUUGAUAUGUUCAGUGAAGUUUCCUGGACGUAACAUUGUACAUAUUGUGAUAAUUAAUGUCUCGUAGAGCAUAGACCUUAUGUCAGCUGACAUUAUUUUCACUCCCAUGUAGGAUUUUGGCUAUAGUCAUUAAAGAAAAAGUAAACAGCUAUGUGAGCAUGGGCGAAGUAACUUAUAACGUUAUAGCUAAUGAGUGGUAUUGUUUGAAAAUGGAAAGCUUUGUUGGUACAAUGGGUGUUGAUAUGCUGUGUAAGGUAUGAACAGCUGUGCUCAUUCGAAAAUAAUCACAAUCAGUGAUGUUUAAAGAGUAGUCCAUCGAGAGGUUUUGCAAAUACUGUUGUAAAUGUGGCAGCUGGUCUGUCUGUAAAGCUAUUCUACAGAAAUUUUUUUCAACCCAUUAAAUUUUGGAUAAGUAAGGACAAAGUAACAUGAAAUUCGGUCCAUUUCACUUAAAAUGUGAAAUUUUUUGAAAAGCAUCUUUAUCUGUUUUUGAGUCAUAGCAUCAGUUUUUUUCAUAGGUAAAUGCAUCAAGCAAGCUGCUACUGUAUUACAUGGUGUAGAUUGAUCGUUCUAUCUUUACACUUCAUUGCAACUAUCGGGUGUCGCCAUUUCCCGUAGGUGGUGCUGCAAGCGAGAAAACAACAAAGCAUGUGCAUGCAAUUAUCUAAUAUGUUUGAGUUAUUCUAUUGUGACCUGUAACCAACACACUACAACACUUACAGUUGAUACUAUUAAAAUUUAUAACUGGGACAUUCUUUUAUGUUCAUAUUCUACCGUGUUUUUUCACAUAAUCGUCACACAUUUUGUACUAAAAUUAAGUUUGAAAAGUAGGGGUGCAAUUUUUAUGCGAAAAACAUUUUUUGUUAGGUAAAGUUAUUCACAAAGACAAAACCUAUUCAUUGAAAUUACAUUUAUUUAAAAAUUAAGAGUAUACAAAAGCACGCCAAACAAUUUAAAUUAAUGUCAUACAGCAAAAACCUUUUUUCAACUUAAAAUAGAAAAAUAAAAUUUGUGACCCGAAUGCGAGCCUGAACUAAUGCAUAAAUAUUGUUGUACACUCACCACGAAAGAGUGCGGGCUAUCAAAUGUAGUAAACUCGGCACUCAACAGAGAGUGCGCGUUGCACGUAAUCUGCAAGCUAUCAAUAUCGAUAUUCGACUAUGUGUGCACGCUCUAUGCGGGAAUCAACUUAACCAAACAUGAAUGAUGCCAACUAGCGCUAGCUACAUUUUAUAAGCGGUGCAUCGCAGCGAUGCAGACGAACCGAUAAAGGUUAUAACAUUAAUAAACGUCUUUAAAAUAUUAAACCUGAGCAGAGCUAUUGGAAGAAGAUUUUACCUGCAUGCACUGUCCUACUACCAUAUUCUGGAAAUGCAGCAAAGCCAGUGUUACUACAGCUUACAACUUCUAAGUGAACCCACACUCUGAUUGUUUCAUUUGGGAUACUGUCUGAGUGAUUGUUACUGUGACCUGAUAAAAGGAACACACGGGUAUGAAUUGUGGCCAAGUGCUUAUCUUACUGCCUCUUUUGUGGGACUUACAAACUGAGCAUUAAAUUUUUACUUUUGCAUUGAAAGUUUUAAAAAAUUCUAAUUUUUACCCCAACAGUGCAAACUUCGGACACCUCAAAGACACAUGUUGAUGACCUCUUGAACUACCCUAAAGCUUUAAAAUAUUUUAAGUGUUACAAAGGAAAUAGUAAAGAAAAUUUCAUGAUACAUUUCUGAUUGCCAUUAGAAAUUUUUCUUUCCGCUCGAAAAUUUACCAAACCAACAAAGCCAGUCAAGCGCAGACCUUGUAAAAAGUUUUAAUUUUCCAUGCAGGAGACUUGCAAACAUGAAUUUUCCUGAAUUUUUGUAAUUCUGUCUAAAAGAGAAAUUCUUACUGUGUAGUAAUUUAAUAACAAUAUUUUUGUUAUUAUUGAACUCUACUUUUAAAUAUAUAUUAUUGUAAAACUAAAGAAUUUGGUGGUACAUUGCUACAUAAAAGGUAGACGAAGAUAGGUUUUCUUUUGGAAUUUUCCAUUAAUUUCUCUAUUUUGUACAUGCGUCAGAACAGUAUCGGUAUUACUCCCUAAGUCUGUUUGAAUCAAAUAAAUGUUAAUGUAAUUUUAAUUACGGUUUUGCCAAUAAAUCUAUGAACAACUUGACUUACCUUAAAGCUGGUUCUCAAAUUUAAAUUUAUUUCAAGCACAUGGGUUUGACUCUGUAGUUUGGCUUCAGUGUCAUAGAAAGAGAUAGCUUAUCAAUUAUAACCACAAAUUAUUAGUCAACAAUUGAUAACUUAAAUGCAUUUUAUUAGCAGUGGCGUGGUUUGUAUGCUUUCUAACUUACAGGAUAGGAUCAGUGAGAGGUUGUGAAGUAAACUCUGUUGUUGAUGCAAGGCUUUCCAGCUAAGAACUGCUCACUCAGCUAUUGAGGCAUUGAUACUACCACAGUUAGUUGCUGAUAAAGCAUGUUGGAGAAUGUGAAAACAUAUUGAUCAUUACAUUACACUUAACAUUGUAAGGGUUGUGACUAAACAAGAAAAAAAUAUUUGGCUAAUAGUAAUAAUAUUAUACAAGUCUUUUGUACAUAAUGUUAUAUUUAUAUUUUAAUAAACCAGUUUUUACAGGUUAAUGGGAAUAGUUUGUUGAUUUUAAGCUGAGGUUGGUCUUGUAGCAAGAUGAGACAGCAACAGUUAGAGAUAGAAAGUGAUUUGUCACAUUUUCACUGUUCAGUGUAUGUAUGUACGUACAUGCGUGCAUACUGAAAUUGAAGAUUUAAAAAAAAAAAAUUUUUUUAUGCUCACUUGCUGCAGAUACUAUUGAUGGAAUCCAUACAAUCGCAUAUUUCUAUCAAAUAUUUUUUUGUUCUGCUCGUAAUAUUUUCGAUAAAUGUUUUUGUUUAAAUUCAUAAAUUGGAAUAUGUAUCUUAAUAUUUGAUAAGAUAUCUUUAUUUUAUUUUGUUAUAGCCGUGUUCAGAUCUGUCAUAUUGCAGUUUUGUAAUUUUCCCAUUAUAAUGCAUUCAGCAUGCCCUUUUUUUGCAGUCAGAACUACACUUUUAUAUGGUUAAACUAGUUACGUGAGGAUUUGAUAGCAUUUUGAUAAAAUAUUUUUUUUUUUUUUAAAUAAAUUACAUCUUAAAAUGCCUUAAAUUUUAUCUCACUAAUAGUGAUAAAAUAUUUACUUCAAGUAUAGCAAUUAACUGCAAUUUACAUCAUUUAUUUUGGUUACCACAUGACCUAUUUUUAUAAUUCUCAUUUUUCAAAACUGUGUAAAACUGGUACAAUGUUGGUAUUUUUUUUAUGUAAACUAUGUGUCAGGAAAGACUGUCCGAUCUUGGAAUUUUGCCUAGAGAAAAUGCUAUUGCCCAAAAGUUAAAUUAUCCAGACUUGAUAAAAAAAAUUUGCAGGCGCUGAAAAGUGACUAUCUAGGUAUUUUUUAAAAAUAUUUUUACUACAUACUCAUUUGAUUUGAUUAAUGUUUGCAUGGAACACAGAAUAAAUAAAAGUUUACAUAAUAUUGUAAAGGAACAUUUAGGAAUUCCUGAACAAAUUCUGGCUCUCGUUCCUGAGAUAGUGGUUUUGAAAACACAAUUUAGAGAUUUUCCAAUACUUACACGUGUUAAUGCCUAUUACAUAAUUGGUUUUUAAAUUUUAUAUGAAAGAUUACGUAAAUGAUUCUCAAAAGUAUUCAGUAUAGAUUAAAGCAUUGGCCAUUCACAAAGAUUGGCGGUAUCUUUGUUGAACUAUGUAACUUUUUAAUUUUGGUUUUUCAUUCACUCUUUCUGAUACUAUAUUGAAAUUGUCUUCUUAACUGAUAUGAAAUCCUGAAGUUUUACCAAUGAGUUGUGUAACUGAUAUACAUUUCUACUUAAUUCAGUAUAAUAUAUAUUGAAUAGGCUAAAUUUAAAGUAUGUUCUUAUUUGGUCUUGUAGCCAUAGAGUAUGUACUUUGGUUUUUCUUGUCUACAUUUCCUUUUAUCAUACCAAAAUAACAUCAUAAUGUAAAAAAAAACUCCUGAAAAGAUGUCUGAUAUAUCACACUUGCAUAAAAAAUAUAAGUAUAUUUACCUCUGAACACAUGUGUAUUGCUCACCUUAUAAAUCGUGAAAUUGCUAUUGCUGAAAAUUCAAUUUCAAUGGAUUAGUUAAUGUUACAACUAAUAGGUAUGUACACAUUUCUUUUAACUCUCCCAUAUUUUUAUAAACUUUAAUUUAAUGAUGGAAUUUCAUAAGAAUUUUUAAAAUAUCUUUAAUUUUUUUUAUAGAAAUAUAAUUUUUCAACAUAUUAGGUUGAUCAUUUUUAGUUUCAUGUUUUGUGUAGAUUUUAUUUGUUCUGCCUACACACACACAGAAAAUGUUUCACACUCCUGUAACAGCUUGUAACAUUACAAGUUGAAUUUUAUAAAUGUUUUCAUUAAACAAGAAACUGUAGUUCAUUUGAUGUUUAUAGCCCAUCCCAUCAUAAAUGUGUACUUCUGAAUGCACAUUGGUGGCCUUGUUUUAACUAUAUACAACCAGGUUUGUUAGCUAAUGUUUUAUGUUUUCAAGAUUAAUAUAAUAAUAAGCAGCAGCAACAUAAGUCGUGUCAGUUUACAUAUGUAAUGUAUUACUGUUGUUGAACAUGUUAAAGUUUGUGAGUUAAGUAUGUUGUUUACUUGGUUCUCGGUUUAUUAGAGGCCAUUUCGGCAAAAAAUACCCUGCAAUUAACAGAUGUUUAUUAGUAACAAGUGUUAGUAUUGCAAUGCAUUCAACCAUUUUUUUUUUUUUUGUGAUAUAACUUUUUUCCUAACUAGCAAGUACCUUAAAAUUGUAAUGGCUGGCCGAUUCUGCUUACUAAAAUAUUGCUGAAACUUGGUGUUAGCUUGUUUGUUUCGGUGUUGGCCAACCUGAGGUGUGGGGCCCGCACUGAAGUUCGUCCUGUUCGUAGGGCCGUAGGUGAUUGUCUUGGCGUCGCGUGUACAGUGUAAACAAACCAACGUGUGUGUUAAAGGCUGUGGUUUACAUGCAUUCUUUUAAGGACAGUUGUUUUCUCCGUUUUACCAGUUUUUAAUUGUGACCCGUUGUUGCGAGUGAAGUGGGGGGUACAAAGAUUGUUGAUGGAUUUUCAUUGUUUGUUAAGACUGAUAGUGUGUAAAGUUGUUAGCGAAUGGGGUUCUUGUAACCGAAAGAAGUCUUUGCGCUACCACAUUCUGACAGUCCACCUCCUGGCCGAGAUUAGCGAGAGAGAUUUAAGUUUUGUCAUGCGUGGAUGUAAACAAAGUAACAAAAAAUGAUCCUAGUUUGUGCACACCUCUAAGCCUGUUCUUUUACUUUAGCGGUAAAUAACAGUUUUUUUUUUUUUGCUUUAUUAAAUUUUUUUUUUUAACAUAUUUUUUGCUUAGCUUUUAAGUUUAUAACCAGUUUUCAAUAAACUAUCAUAGGCUUUCCCUCUGUCUUUGCUGAAAUCUUUCCUCCCCUUUAAUAUAAAAACAUACAACACUUGUUCUUGUACACACAUUUACAUCCUCUCCAUAUGCCAGCAACACCUGCGGUGUUACCUCAAAAAAAUGUUUGCAGUGAUGAUGGGAGGUUUAAGCAACGAACAUAUUUUCUUUAUAAUAACCCAGUGUUCCUAUUUUAGACUGAUAAAAGUUUUUCUAUGUUCUUAUCUGUACAGCAUUUUUUUUUAACUGCUUUUUUGAUGAAGCUGAGUUAAUUAUCACUGAAUAAUUAAUGUGAUGCACGCCCAUAAUUUAUUUGAAGCAAUCAAUGUAGGCACGUGGUCCAUAUAGGUAAACAUCUGAAAAGUUUUUUAUUCAUUUAUUAUUGACUUUAUGGCACAUUUAAAGUGUUUAGUCUUCUCUUACACGUAACCAAUUUGCCCUACUACACAAAGCUCAUGAAUACUAAAUCUAAUUUAUCCAAACUAAUAAACAAUAAAGAGCUGAUAUGAUGUGCCUCAGGAAUAAAUUAACUUGGCUGUGGUUCUGUAAUCAUUGGCGACAUUUAAUUAUGUGUUUUGCAACCUUAUGUUUGCAAGAGUUUUUGAGCCUCGCAACUCUGAAGGUAGCCUUGCAAGAUGUAGAAGUAAUCCAGGUUCCAAAACAUCCAUAGCUACCUUGCAUUAUUUAAUAUAUUGCGAGCUUCUGGAUUGGUGACGAAGGUGACUGUCUGUGACAAAGCUUCUUGACGUUUCAUUGUUGUUGAAUUUGCAUUAUGUGCUGUGGUGUUAGCUAUUUACCUGUUCAUCUCUUGUACAGUUUCUUUCACUGUCAUUGUCAAAUAUAUUUUUUUCCCGUGAAUUGCUAGUAGCUCAAAUGAAAAUGUUUGGGUAGUUUAGUUUAUUUAUUUUAAAUAAUUACGUAAAAUGUUUGAAGGAAUUGGUAUGUGUGUGUGCGUGUAUGUGCUUGUUAAAGUUUUGUGACUGCUGCUUUAAGCAAGUUACUUGUUAGUUUGUGUUGAUCUGUUACAUUAAAUUUUAUAGAGUAAACUGAUCACUAGUUGAUAUAAUGCAUGACUUAUAACUUAUAACUUCUAACUUCUAUCUUUCUGUAAGUGUUGUUGGAAGUCAUUGUACAGAUGUGGAAGGUAUUUAUCUUAAAGUUGUUUUGAAACUGGUGUGUUGUAACCUAUUGCUAACUAAAAUUUAUGUUGCUUGAAUGCCAUUUUGAGGCUAAGUAAUAACUUCUUUUUUUUUUUUUUGAAAUUUUUGUACUUAGAUAAAUAUUAGUUUUUAGUUAUUGAAUUUUGUGUAUAUGUUAUUCUACUAAGAAAUUAAGUUGAAAGUAUUACAAAAUACUUUAUAUUAUGUAAUUAUAUGAAAUUAGGUAACAAGUUUGGCAGCUGAAUGUUUUUCUUACUUUCACUUUUUUUGGUUAGUGUUAGAUUGACACUUUUUGGACUUAGGAGUGUUACUUUUAUCAAAAGCUGUUUCCUUUUGAUGGUGACUACAUGCCAUCUUUAUUUUUAUAAAGUUGGUACACUGCAGGAAACUCGAAGUAUUUUGGGUAUUUAUAGAGAAGCUCAUAAUACUAACUGUGUGCCUGAUGAAAUAUGUUGAUAAAUUAAAUUA